AGCAGUUGUCAGAGUUAUUUUCAGCAGUCUGCCUCUGUGACUCAUCUUAGAAACCUGCACUAACCCUAACACAAACUGGGAUUUCAUGAGGUGGUAAGAAGAGGAUCAUAACAAUACUAUUGGUGGGGAUCAAAAACAACUGUCACAUUCUUCAGGAUAGAAAAAAAUCAAAUGAUGGCAGACCAUGAUGACCCAUGUAAUGAGUUAGAGACGUCCUACUGUAUGAAUGGAGGAACAUGCUUAAAAAUUCCUUUUAUAGACACUCUUACUUGUGUCUGCAGUGAGAACUACAAAGGCAGUCGGUGUGAGCUGUACCAGCUGUUGAUCACUGCACACGAUGCAGGUGAGACAGGACUGAUCGCUGCUGUGGUCACCAUGGUCCUUCUUAUUCUAUUCGUGUUCACAGUAGUCAUCUACUACACCUGCAAGGUAUGGAAGGCCAAACCAAAGAACCAGCAGAAAAACAGUGAACAACAGUAUUGGAGAGUAGAGCCAAGAGAAUGAGGCAUGUUGCAUAUUAUUUGGAUAACAAAAGAUUUCAAAUAAAAGAUUUCAUGGACGGUGGCGUGAUAUGGUUUGGGGUCUGGAUGCCACUAGAGAUGCGGCUACGAAGGACCAGGAGGACAGAGGAAACCUCCACCCACAAACAUUUUGCAUCAAGCAUCAAACCUCAAGCCUGUUUGAGUGGUCAUCAAAAGCUGAAGCUGCUGUAGACACACAGCCACCCACCUUUUCUCCAGUCUGUGUGACUGGGUGUAGGACUGAUUCUAACCUGUUACAAUGCAUUUCAUGCCAGUGGCUAUUUUCCUCUGACACAGAAUGCAUGCUUAAAAAUGGAAGAGUGAUACCUGAUGCCUUCAUUCAAAGGAAUACAAUGUUUGCUUUGAUAGUGUGUCGAAGUUCAAUUGUGAAUGUGAGCUUUCUCUGAGCCUGGUAUACCGUAGAUUAGAGCACAGUGGGGUGAUAAUUAGAACAGUUUGUUUUAAUGUAGAAUAAUGCAUAUAUUUGUAAAACUUUCAUUUCAGGUCAAACAUGAAGUGAGCAUUAAUUACAGUAAGCAACUUGCUUGUAUUAUUUAAUGAAUGUAUACAACAAAGACACACCAGAAAGUGUACAUCAUUUGCGAUAUCACAAUAAUAAAUCAUGUAUGAGGAAA